UUCGUUAAACUUCAACUCUUCUAAAGGAGUGAUCGCUCUUUUCUACACAACAAACCUCUUCUAGUUCUAUCUCACUUUGACUCCUAUCAAAGCAAUUAUGAAAGCUUCUCUCAUUCGAACCGGUUCAGUCCCGGUCCUCCCCGGUUCACCUCGAACCUCUCUCUCACGCCAAGUUUCUUUUUCCGGCCACCACAACUACCACGUUCAAUCUCCAAAGCUUUCAAUGCACUUCCACUCCACCGACCACCAUUCGAACAGGAUCAACAGAGCCUUAUCGGAAAGCGCUGCGAGCAAGAACUUCGGCUUUUCUAGGAACCUGAAUCGAUCCGGAUCACAGUUUUUUCCUUUGGAGGAAACCGGACUCGGCGGCGGCGGAUGCGAUCACGGAGAUGUGACCGUAACCAGCGGCGGAAACGGCGGUGAAAGGAUUAAAAUAGGUGCGUACUAUGAGGAAAUGUUGAAGUCAAAUCCGACGGACGCGCUUUUGCUUAGAAACUACGGCAAAUUUCUUCACGAGGUAGAAAAAAAUUUGGUGAGAGCAGAGGAAUAUUACGGAAGAGCGAUUCUAGCGAAUCCUGAAGAUGGUGAAUUGCUUUCUCUAUACGGAAAGUUGAUAUGGGAAACGAAUCGAGAUGAAGAAAGAGCUAAGUCUUACUUUGAUCACGCAAUUCAUGUUUCUCCAGAUGAUAGUACGGUGUUGGGAUCCUAUGCACACUUCAUGUGGGAAGCAGAAGAGGAGGAGGAGGUAGCGACUAAUGGUGAAGAAAUGAAAGAGAGUGAAGAAGAACAAUCGGCGGCCGGGCUUAUAGCUCCGUUUUAAUAGUUUUAGUAUAUGUUUGGAUAAACGGUGAGUUUGAAGAAAUAAUGUGACAUAUCUUGAGAGCCAAUUAGCCAUACUCACAUUUAGUCCGAGCAUACACUCGACCAAUUGAAUGUGUAAUUUAUAUAGUUCUAACUGGCGUCAAUGUGAAAGGUUAUGCAACAAUAAUGGCCUCGGAAAUUCCCAGUAGAAGAGAGGCUGAAAGCAACCUUUAUGUAUUGUUUUUUCCUUAUUUGUUUUGUAACUUUGUUUCUGAUCUAUUGGCUGUAACAUGUAAUCUAAUGUAAUGUAACUUCUUUUUCUUGAACACAUGCAAUGUAACUAUGUACAUGUACAUGUAACUAUGGAAUAUAUAUGAGUAUCUAAACGGUAUAAGGGUUGUGAUUAAAA